UUUGUUUACCUUCGAUUCCUCCGGGUUCAACAGCAGUGGAUAAUUCUUUACUGUCUGUUACUAGAAAUUGUUUACGCUCCGAUUGUGUGAAGUGUUAAAAUACACUAGCGAAUAACCGUAGGAUAAAAAUUUCGUUGCAAUGUCAUCCGGUCGAAAGUGCAACAACUGCGGGAGUGCCGAUAUUGAGGUGGACAAUGCCCGUGGUGAUGCGGUGUGUACCAACUGCGGUUCCGUGCUGGAGGACAACAUAAUCGUAUCAGAGGUGCAGUUCGAAGAAAAUGCUCACGGAGCUUCGAGCGCGGUCGGACAGUUUGUGGCGUCCGACUCGAAGGGAGGCGCGACAGCGUACGGUAAAUUUCACGUCGGAACAGGGACCGAGUCACGGGAGGUAACACUGCGGAAGGCCCGCCAGGGGAUUACCCAUUUGUGCCAUCAGCUGCAUCUGAACAACCACUGUAUCGAUACGGCGUGCAACUUUUUUAAGAUGGCACUGAUUAGACAUCUCACGCGGGGCCGCAGGAACACGCAUAUCUACGCAGCCUGUGUGUACAUAACGUGUCGAACCGAGGGGACUUCCCAUCUCCUUAUUGACAUUAGUGAUGUUCUACAAAUAUGUUGCUACGAGUUGGGACGAACCUAUCUGAAACUUUCGCAGGCCCUGUGUAUCAACAUUCCGUCAAUUGACCCCUGCAUCUACAUCAUGCGCUACGCCAAUAAGCUCGAGUUUGGCGAACGAACGCACGAGGUAUCGAUGACGGCCCAGCGGCUGGUUCAGCGCAUGAAAAAGGACUCGAUUCACUCGGGGCGGCGUCCGUCCGGUUUGUGCGGAGCCGCUCUACUACUGGCGGCCCGUAUGCACGAAUACAGCCGUACUCCCAACGAUAUCGUAAGAACCGUGAAAAUUCACGAGUCUACCCUACGCAAACGUUUGGUCGAAUUCGGUGAAACACCGAGCAGCGCCCUAACGUUGGACGAGUUCAUGUCGGUCGAUUUGGAAGCCGAACAGGACCCACCGGCUUUCAAGGCGGCAAGAAAAAAAGAUAAAGAACGUUUACAGAAGCUGGGUGAGUCGACGACGGAAUUUAAUCAGCUGCAGGCGGAAAUCGAUGCCGCCUUGGAUCGUGACCUGCACAAAACUAUGAGUCGAAAACGGAAAUUAAAAGGCGAGGAUUUUGGGGUGGACGAGUUGCGCGAAACAGAUGAAUUUAUAAAAGAAUCAACAAUAAAUGUUAUCAAUCAGUGCUUGGAAGAAGGUUCCAAUGAUAACAGGCUGGGUGGAAAUGGUAACGGGCGGAUGAAACCUAUUGUCCCAGAGGGUAUUAAACCCGACCUAAUGGCGAUGUGCUCGAAUUCGGUAGAGGAACGCAAAGAUAUCACCAAACAAGAAUCCAGAGACGACGAUGGAGAUCUCAUUUCAGAAGAUUUGGACGACGAAGAAAUUGAUGGAUAUAUCAUGACCGAAGAAGAGGCCAGAUACAAGGACAUGAUGUGGAAUCGAUUACACGCCGAAUACCUAAAAGAAAUGAAGGAAAAAGAAGAACGGUUAGCCAAAGAACGCGAAGAGGGUAAACCAGAGAAAAAGAAACGAAAAAAUCACCGUAAAAAAACAAUCGGACCGUCAAACUCGGCGGGAGAAGCCAUUGAAAAGAUGCUUCAGGAGAAGAAAAUCUCAAGUAAAAUAAACUACGACAUUCUGAAAACGCUUACCGAUAGUGCUAGCACCAGCGAGCAGCAAACGGAAGUGCCCGCAAAACCGGAAACUAGUGAUAUUGACAUUCUUUCACGUACCCGAAUAAAACCGGAAACGGCACUGUUACGAAGCUCCAAGCCUACCGUGAACCUGUCUUUUGGUGGCCGCCGAAAGGUGCCUGCCACUGCAACCCUUCCAGUUGUCAACAGCGAGACAGAAAACACUUCGGUAGUGGUUGAGGAUCAACCUCCGACUCCGAAAGUUGAGCAAGCUGAACAAUUGAUAGAUGAUUACGACGAAGAAGCUGAACCAGAGCCUGAACCAGAACCGGAGCACAAAUCUCUAGCCGAUAUGUUAAACACAGGCGACGAUGAUGAUUACUAUGGCUAUGAGGAGGACUAUUAGGUAUUCAAUGUCUUUCAAUAUGAUUAUGACAAAGAGUUUAACAUUCGACACUGUGGGAAGUGCAUUUUUUUUCUUAAAAUUAAGACUUAUGCAUUAAAAACAUAUACAUGUCUAUCAGUUGAAAACUGUACAGGAUAAAACGGCGUACAUGAAAAAUUCGCAUUCCUGUGAAAUAUCACAGAACAAAAAUUUUAAGAUCAUUACCUUGUGUGUAUAUUUAUUCGCUACGUGUCUGACAAAUUUUUUUUUUAAUGUUUAACACAAUAUCAUCCAAUUGCAUUUACAGCGGGGAUGAUACGUAUGUUCGCAUCCGUAUUCGUAAAUGCAGAAAACCCGCAUGAAAAUUGACAACUGCAUCGGCAUCCGAACCGUACCAUGCAUCACAAAAUAUCAUUCGGAUGUUGUAAAACUAAUACGAAUAUAGAAAAAAAUUGUUUCAACAAUUUUGUGGUAAAAUUGUGGCACAGAAGAUUACUUAGUCUCAAGGAGUCAAC